CAGUGAAAGGAGAGGCACUGAAAUCGGACGAGAAUAAGAUGAAAGUGAUGGCUCUCAAGACCACUAACAAUAUAAACACAUUGGUUCGCGAACUCUUCAAAAUUCCGCCGAGUUUUAAGUCAAGUAUCACUCUCUCGUGGAAACCGCCCGUCUCUAAGGCCGCCAUCACUGCGAAGCCACUCACUGUUGUGACGAGUCCUACGGUUACAACGAGUACUACUACGACAGCGGCGGCGACGGCCGCUACCCCCGCCGACGGAGCCACUGAUGCGACGGCCAAACCUUCAAAAAGACAGCCGAUUACAGCGCCCGAGGGGUCGUCUGAUCCUAAAAAGGACCGCAAAAUAUACGCCCCGCCGAGCGGAAAGUUUAGCGGAGGAGUGAAGAGAUUUAAUAAUAACAAUGACAAUAAUAACGGGACGAGAGGUUCAUUCCGGGGCGGAAAUAGAGGCGGUUUUCGUGGCGGACGCGGCGGCCGUGGAUAUAAUCGCGGGUUUAAACGGUGGUAAACGCAGUGAUUAGCAAACUAUAUAUUUUGAAUCCUAUUUUCUAAAUGUAUAAUUCAAACGCCUUUCCACUCAUAACACCGUAUAAUUCAUAUCCGAAUUUAUAAUUAAUUGUAAAAUCAUUUCUCAGUAACCAUAUCUAGGAAUUGAUUUGAAAUGUGACUUUUGUUUUUUCAUUCGUGUAUUUAAUAUGCAUUGUAUUUCGUGUGAAUCUGUUUUUUUAAUAUCACUUAUUGUUUAAUGAAUUAUUUGUUUCUUUUUUAUUUAGUGGCG